AUGAGGGAACCCUGGAGGUGCCUGCUGGGCCUGUGCCUCCUGGCAUGCUCAGCCUCCACCCACAGUGCCGCCAAUCCCUUCGCAGGGCAGCAGACCCCUCCAGACCCUUGCUAUGACGACGCAGGCACAGCCCGCCGAUGCAUCCCCGAGUUUAUCAACGCCGCCUUCGGCAAGGAGGUGAUGGUGUCCAGCGUCUGCGGACGGCCUCCGUCCCGUUCCUGCAGCGUGGUGGAGCGGGGGGACGAUCGGCCCUCUGUGCGUACGUGCCAAAUCUGCGACGCAGCUGACCCGCGCCGUGCCCACCCUGCUUCCUACCUCACUGACCUCAACUCAGCCCACAACCUCACCUGCUGGCAGUCGGAGAACCUCAACACCUCGCCGCACAAUGUGACUCUCACCCUUUCACUAGGUAAGAAGUUUGAAAUCACCUAUGUGAGCCUGCAGUUCUGUUCUCCGAGACCAGAGUCCCUGGCCAUAUACAAGAGCAUGGACUACGGCAAGACCUGGAUGCCCUACCAGUUCUACUCCUCACAGUGCCGGCGUAUGUACAACCGGCCCAACAAAGCGACCAUUACCAAGCAGAACGAACAGGAGGCCCUAUGCACAGAUGGCCACACUGACCUCUACCCGCUGUCUGGAGGACUCAUCGCUUUCAGCACUCUCGAUGGACGGCCCUCCGGCAAAGACUUUGACAACAGCCCCGUCCUUCAGGACUGGGUGACUGUCACCGACAUCCGCGUGGUCUUCAGCCGGCCCCAGCUACCCCGAGAGCUGGCACUGGGGGCCGCGAGCAACGGCGGAGGGCGGGACGACGACCCCAUGGCGGUGACGUCAGCGCUGCCGACUUAUUUCUAUGCAGUGGGAGACUUCCAAGUGGGCGGGAGGUGUAAAUGCAACGGACACGGCUCACGCUGUCUGAAAGACAAGGAAGGAAAACUUGUGUGCGACUGUAAGCACAACACAGAGGGACCUGAAUGUGACCGCUGCAAGCCCUUUCACUACGACCGGCCGUGGCAGAGGGCCAAUGCCCGCGAGGCCAACGAGUGUCUGCCGUGCAACUGCAACCUCCACGCCCGUCGCUGUCGAUUCAACAUGGAGCUGUAUAAGCUUUCGGGGAGGAAGAGCGGAGGGGUCUGCAUGAACUGCCGCCACAACACUGCAGGCCGCCACUGCCACUACUGCAAAGAAGGCUUCUACAGAGACAUGGCCAGACCCAUCACACACCGACGAGCCUGCAAAGCCUGUGACUGCCACCCCGUGGGCGCAGCAGGCAAGACGUGCAACCAGACCACAGGCCAAUGCCCCUGCAAGGACGGCGUCACUGGCAUCACCUGCAACCGCUGCGCCAAGGGCUACCAGCAGAGCCGCUCAACCGUGGCCCCCUGCAUCAAAAUCCCAGUGGUCAACCCCACAGCUGUGGUGAGCAGCACAGAGGAACCAGCAGAUUGUGAGUCCUAUUGUAAACCAGUGAAGGGCAACCUGAAGAUUAACAUGAAGAAGUAUUGCAAAAAGGAUUAUGCGGUGCAAGUGAACGUGCUGGACAUGGAGACGGUUGGCGAUUGGGCGAAGUUCUCCGUCAAUUUGGUGUCCGUGUACAAGAGUCGUGGCGAGCCCUUGAAGCGAGGCGACAACAUCCUGUGGGUGCACAUGAAGGACCUGGCCUGCAAAUGUCCCAAGAUCCAGAUGAGCAAACGGUUCUUGGUGAUGGGCGGCAUCGACGGUGGGACGGGCACGGGGACGGGUCCGGGGGUCGGGCCCGGGGGCGGCGCCACCAGUCCAGGGGCGGAGCGCGUGGGCCUAGUGGCUGAUAAGAACAGCCUGGUGAUCCAGUGGAGGGACGUUUGGACGAGACGCCUGAGGAAGUUCCAGCGCAAAGAGAAGAAGGGGAAGUGCAGCAAAGCGUGAUGGGAAUUCCUCCAUACCUCUCCCUCCAUCGCCCACCUUCAUGAACCCUUACUCAGCCGUCCCCGUCUUCCCUCCCCCAUCACAGAACACUGCACAUUAGAAAGACUGCAUGUACCCUACCUGUUUUAAGGACCACGUUUUGUGUAUAUUGUAUAAUUAUUUUCCUUUUUAUUUUUCAAGUUUAUGUCUUUUUUGUUGUCCAAUUGGUUUGCCUUAAAAAGGGACCAUUAAAAAGGGUAUGAAGUGUAGACAAAAGCAGAUGCCAUUCCCUCCCUCGACGACGACAGCGGAAAUGUCCACUCGUCCCCUGACUACGACCCCCCAACCCGACCCUCAGCCUCCUGCCACUUUGUUUGACACAUACACACUUCACACACUUCUCUGAGGAUUUUAUCCAACAGUGUUUGUCACUGACUGAUUUCAGCAACUAGACAAGCUGCUCGUCCUCAGCUUGGCCUCCUCAUCAUUGUUUCAUUGACGAAACGACUCGGCUCAGCUCCAGCUGACAACCUUUCAACAUUUGCUGUUAAAAUGUUCAUAAAAGAAACGGGCCUGCUUGCUCCAGGUCUCUGCAGUAACUUCCACAAACUGUGACUAUGAAACUCUUGUCCCGUGAGGAACCAAGGGCUCCCUUUGCAGGGACGUUUUCCACAGCAAACCUCAGUCUCACCACCACUGCUGCUGCCACCAGACAGCCCUCACAGAACAAACUGCUCGUGUAGGCUCUUAUAUCUGCAAGUAUUUGACGCCACUGCUCAUAGUAGAGUUUAUAUUCUUCGUGUGGCUACUUUUAUGUCAUCCAUCCAUAACCCAGCUGUAUCCUUAUUUGAGAUGUAUCCUUUUGUUUAAACAGAACAAACCCUGUUAGCAUGUGUGAGUCACAUUCCAGGCCUCCGGGGCUGUGCCUCUUCACCACUAGUCCCGCUCAUGAGUGCUUUAUAAAGUCAUGCAUCACCAUCAUGACUCAUUGCUUGUCACUUUUUCUGGAAGAAAGAUUAAGCAUUGUGGACAAAUGGCUGGAAUUUCAGAACAAUACCAAUAUUUCCAAGGAGACUUUUUUUUUUUUUUUGCUUUAUGGAUCAUGUCUUCCGCUGGAUAGUGGCCUUCCAGAUGUUGCUGUGUGGCCACUGUCAUUUAUUUUGUAUUUAAAUGUCUGAACAUUUUCCUGAUGUGUCCAGUGACUGGCAGACUUUGUUUGCCGAAAUAAGAGAAACAAGAGUUCCUUUUGAUGCAGUAAAAAGAAAACAAAGUCGGAUAAACAACAUAGUCGUGUUUUUCUCUAGUGUAUUUUGACAAAAUGAAUGAGGCUGGAAAGUUUUUAGUGCUCGCUGAUUGUAAUAUGACAUGAGAGGAUCAUAUUUCAUUCCUCAUGUGCUUUGUUAUGUUUGCAUGUUUGUGGUUUUUGCUGGUCCAUUAAAACCGUACAGUGAGCAGAGCAAAAAUGAGCAUCGAGAUCCAAAGGAAAACUUCCCAAGUCAUCUUCUCCCACUUGCCUACCCCGACACAGUCCCUGUCAUCCUUUGCCAAAUAAGCAUAGUCAGUUUUUAAAUUUAAUUAAGACACUAUAAAAGUCAGGACCAACGAAAACCACAGAGAGACCCGUCUGGUUGCUCUCAAGCUUUUUAUCUGCCUUUUGCUGUUAUUUCAUUUUGUAAAGCACAUUACGAUUUAUUUAAGUAGAGUACAAGAUAAACACACAGUUUUGAGGGGCACAUCAAGCUGGUGUAGCAUCGAGUGUGCCGACAGGCAUGUCAUGCUAGCGAGUGGUUACGCUCCUCUGGCUGCGGCGGUAUGUUUGGUUUGUCAUUCUUCCAAAAGUGUCUCUCCUCUGCUCUCUUCUCUGUGUCAGCCACCACCCUCCCCAAACUCUCUUUUUUUUAACCCAUUUUGCAUGUUGUGUAUUCAGUGUCUUAGAUAAGUGACAGCACAGAUCGAGGCUGCCAAACUCCUCAGUGGUGUACUGUACUGCACUGUAGCUCUUGUUUUCACGUCUUCCGAGAAUGUAUGUCAAACUGUGAAGAACACACUCAUGCAGGUGUAUGGUCUGAUUGUAAGUGUUUAUGAAAUAAUGUCACCAAGCUUAAGAAUGUGGACGCCAUGACAGUUGAUGCUAUGAUGAACUCCAAACAGGAUGUUGUUCAAGUGAUUGUGGAUCUUCAUGCUUAUCUGUCUGUCUCAUAAUGCAACAUAUUCUCAUACACCGGUUCACAUAAUAUUCUAUGAAAACAUAUGCACAGAUAUUCGUGUAACUUACAAAAUAUGACCAUCCUAUUUAACAUUGUGAAGGGUUGCACUUUUAAAUACAUGGUUAGCGCUUUUGACACCAAAACUACUUGGUAAGGUUUAGAAAAAACAUCAUGAUUUGGUGGUACGUAAAGUAGGAUGGAGUGUAAGAUGUGACUUAGCUACAUACAGAGAAUAACUUACAAAUGUAACUUAAAGAAAAAAAAACAUGGACUUUUGGUUCUAAAGGAGACAGGAACACCGGUUUGUUUGACCCAUUAUCCACUAUCCACUCAUCCCUAUGCAGAUUUUUCGCUCUUUAUAAAAAAAGUCCUCCAAAUCACAUGACCACAUACAGUCAUGGAAAAAAAUGUUAGACCAUUGAUUUCUUUAAUUUCUUGUUCAUUUUAAUGCCUGGUACAACUAUAGGUACAUUUGUUUGGACAAAUAUAACGAUAACAACAAAAAUAGCUCAUAAGAGUUUAAUUUAAGAGCUGAUAUCUAGACAUUUUCCAUGGUUUUCUUGAUAAUGUAUUUGGUUAUUAUCAAGAAAACCAGACAGUAAAAUGCAGGAGGCAUUAAAAUGAACAAAUUGAAGAAAACAAGGGUGGUCUCAUUUUUUUCCAUGACUGUAGGUUGUUUAUUCCUUCCUUUUAAAUACGAGCCAGGGAGUGUUUUCAAAAAUAAGCGCCCCCACAACACAGUCAGUCUUCAUACCUACGUAACAAUUCCUGUUUUUAAUACAUUGUUAAUGUUGUUAAACUGUCACAAUUUAGGUUCAGGCAAUAAAACUACUUGCUCAAGGUUAGGGGGAAAAGUACAUGGUUAGGAAAAGCAAAAAAUAGCUAAAAAAGUAAAAUAAAUGGAUGGAACUACUGGAAGUAGUAACAACAUGUGGGCUUAGCACGGGAGUUAAGUUUAUUUCAAAUAACGACUUUGCCUUUGGGUUACGUCUUCUGUUUGUUUGACCCAUCCACCCUAGGUGGACCUGGUCUUUAUAGUUCAUAUCUCCCUCUGUGACAGCCUUGGCGUCCUUCAUAACUACUGCAGCCACUAGAGGGCGCCACUUACUACAAAUGCAUGGGUCAUUGUAAGCUGUAGCUUGUAGCUGCUAACAACCUAUGGGGUCGUUUUUUUGUGGCAGCGUAUUCUUUGUUUACUCUUGUUAUAAUAAUUACGACCAGACGUCAGUAUUGGGUCAUAAUAAAUUGCACCUCCUGGCUCAUGAUUAUACAAGGUAUAUAUACAAAUUAGACUGCACUAUUUUUCAUAGUUAUUAGUAUGAACAGUGAAUGAGAACAGCUUGCAUAAUUUUGACAUUUUUUGAUUAUCUAAUCCAAAAACAACCCAUAACCAAAAUGAGUUAUCACCAACCAUGAUUUCUGGUGUGUGACAAAAGAGGAAGGACAAAAAAAGUUUUGACAGCACUAUACCCAGGACGCAAUUCCCACCGUUGGGAUUUCACAAAAAUGCAGAACCAAACAGUCCUUUAUUUGUCUGUUGGCCGUCCGCAGCGGCCCGUCAGACAGGUGGUGUUACAGUAGCACCAGUCUCCUCACCCUGGUAUGUGAGCACGGGGUGACACAUUAUGAUUGAUGGUCAAAUUACGUGCCUGUGAGGCCUCUCUGGCGCUCAACUCCUUAAGCGCCCAGCACAGGAACUGCGUUGUCCUUGAAUCCCCAAAUCCUUCUUUCCUUUCUAUUGGCUUUUCCUUUUCUUAAGUGCCCACCCUGAGUGUUGGUAUAAAGAUAAGAAGUAAAAGUGAGCCAGAUGUUGUUUGGGGGUGGAAGCAUAGUCUUGUGAAAGCUAUUUAGUGAGCCUCAUAGGGAGAGCCGUCCUGUUGUUUAACGUUAACAAGCCCAGCAGCUUGGCAGUGGAACUGAGGCCAUAACGGCUUUGCUUUGUUUACCCCCCUUUGCACCAUUUAUAGCAUUCACAGGUGUGUGUGUGUGUGUGCGUGUGUGUGUGUGUGUGUGUGUGUGUCUAAUUAACCUUACCCGAGUAAACAAGUGAUAUGAGCACGAACUGAAGGUGCAGAGAGGCGAGAGAGCUCUCAUUUGCCACUGCCUAAUAUUUGCAUCGAAGAGUCUAUGAUGAAGAAUUAUCAUUUACAUUCUCCCGAUACACAUUUCUUUCUGGUUCACUUCCAUUUCGCCUUGUUUAAUAAGUCUUGACACAUUUUUAAUGUUGUAAAUAUGUACUGAACUGCCUCUCAUUCAUGUUGUCUUUUGUAAAAGCGUCACUUGGCCUGGGAUGACUCACGUGUAUGGAUGUACAAACCAGAUGAUGUUAUAUGGAUGUGGAAACCAGAAACAUAUGCUUUUGUGAUCACAACCAGAAGAUGUGGUUCAAAUAUUACACAGAAUGUAUUCCCUUUUUUUUUUUUUUUUGUUACGUUGUUUCGAGACAACAACCGCCCCAAUUGUAAAUGACUUUGAGGAGAAAUGUGACGGACGGGAACUGACACAACAACCCACCACUUUCUGUUGCAUAAUGUCCUGGGAAUAAUGGUUCACUCACACAGAAAUCAUCCACCUUCCUUUCUUGGGGAACAAAGGGAUUAUUCCCUCAGUUCAGUCCUGCUCUUCACUUCUGUUAUAUCAACGUCUUCCUUGUACAUUUUUCCUCUGAGGCAAUGAACCACUGACUUUUUAAUCUAAAUGAUAAAAAAAUAAAUUAUUAGUUAAUGA